UGAGUCAUGACAAUAACAUACACCAACUUCAAUUCUCUUAUCAUUUCUUCAUCGAUCAUACCGAAAUUCACACACAGAAAACCCUAGAAAUCCUUACAAAUACAUAAUAAUUUUACACGCAAACUCAAAAUGACGGAUAAAAUUAGAUUAUUGUUGCCGAUUUUCUUGUUAUUGACGUUAGUUUUCGUGCAAAUUGGUGAAUCUGUGUGGUUGAAUUUACCUAAAUCGGGAAAUAAGUGUGUGAGUGAAGAGAUACAUAAUAAUGUUGUUGUUGUUGGAGAUUAUGUUGUGAUUUCUGAUGAUCAUCUUCAUCCUACUCCCACGAUUUCUUCUAAGGUUACAUCACCUUAUGGAAACGUUCUUCACCAUAAGGAGAAUGUGACACAUGGUCAAUUUGCAUUCACAUCAAGUGAGUCUGGUCAGUAUAUGACAUGUUUCUGGCCGGACCGCCCUAAUGAAGGUGGUGCCUUAAGUGUUAAUAUUGACUGGAAAAUUGGAGUCGCAGCAAAGGAUUGGGAGUCGGUUGCUAGAAAAGAAAAAAUCGAGGGUGUUGAGCUCGAGUUGAGAAAGCUUGAAGGAGCAGUGGAGGCCAUUCAUGAUAAUCUGUUAUACCUCAAGAGCAGAGAGGCAGAAAUGAGAGGAGUUAGUGAGACUACCAAUUCUCGGGUGGCUUGGUACAGUAUCAUAUCCUUGGGUAUUUGCAUUUUGGCGUCAUGUGCACAACUAUGGUACUUGACUCGUUUCUUCCAAAAGAAGAAACUGAUCUAGAUUUUUAAUCUCUCAUGGUAAUGUUAUAAGAUAGGAUUUAAUCAAUGAAAGAAGUACUGUUUCUUUUUUUGUUUUUCUUGAUUAUGGUGGAUUCAAGAUUCGUGAUACCAUGUGUAGACAAGUAUACUCCUACAUGUUCGCUUUUCGGAUGAUGGGAAAUAGUUUAAUGAACAUAACACGUUUAUUGUGUUUA